UACAACAUUCCGCUGUCACUCUCACCUUGGGAUUGGUUGGAAUCUGCUGCUUUGUUCAAGCACUCGUUAUGACGAGCUUGAAACUGCUCGUUUUUCACGUCUUGUGUUCUCUCGCCUUUCUCGGUCUCGCGACGUCUUCAUCAUCAUUAGAGGACAGAGAUGACUUAACCCUUGCCAUUCUGAAGCCCGACCUCAUGGGGAAUGGCGUAUGGUCGGGCUUGGCCAACGACAUUCGAGCAGCUGGCUUCCAGGUUGUCCAUGAGAAGAUGCUUUUUUUCGACGAGUCGUUAGCGGAGAAGUUCUAUGCGGAGCAUAAAGGAAAGAAGUUCUACCAGGGACUGAUAGACUUCAUGCUUAGUGCACCAGUGACAGCAAUGGUCCUCCAGCAUGAAAAUGCACCGUCGGCCUUUCGAGAGCUCAUCGGCCCUACCAACCCCAAGACAGCCCGUGCUGCUCACCCUGAAAGCUUACGUGCCAAGUAUGGCACGGAUGUUCUACAGAAUGCAGUACACGGCUCUGCAUCUGUUGCUGAUGCUCACCGAGAAAUAAGCUUAUUUUUCCCAGACUGGAAGCCACCUCCAAGUCUGAAGAUGCUCAUGAGCCUUGAAGAUGCCAGUGAGCUUUAAUGUAUGUGUUGGCGCAAGCCAGGGGCUGUGCUACGUCCAGUCUGAUUCUCUGUGGUUUCUUGUGCAGUACCAAAAGUUGAAGAGCUACGCUUUUUUUCCAGGACAUGGCAUGGGUGUUCAAAUUAUUCAAGUUAUGUAUAUGUGAUAGGCUUGGUAGUUGUCUGAAUGCUAGCUUAACUAGGAAGAAAGGCCGCCAUUUCAUGGCGGCCAGAGGUUUAGUUAGGGGAGGAAAGUGUCGAGAGAAAGAUAACAAACAGUGAAAUUUAAU